AUGUUGAGCUCUGCGUGUUCUAAAAGUGAAAGGCGACAUCAACUGAUAGACUGGUCUGUGGGUAAGACACACGGCUGGGAAAAGCUCAGUCUGACUCUGCAGUUUCACACAGCAGGAGUAGCAGCUGAUCUUUCUGCCUCAGCAAUGGCAGAAGCUGUCAUAAGACAUUGGGUGGAAACUCCUGUACGGUACCAGGAGCAGUUUGUUGACCAAGAGCUGGAAGCACACAAACUGAACCACCUUUUAUAUGCUUUGCCGGGCCCUGCCACCACUGCAUCGAGCGACCAAAGGUGCACCACAGAAAGCACGGCUGGGGCCAGGAAGGGCGGCCAGGAGGAGGAAAACACACACUUUCGGGUCUUGCUGGAUGUUGUGCAGUUCCGCCCUGAAGAUAUCAUUAUCCAGACUUUUGAAGGCUGGCUCCUGAUUAAAGCUCAGCAUGGAUCCAGGAUGGAUGAACAUGGUUUCAUAUCCAGAAGCUUCACCAGACAAUACAAAUUACCUGACGGAGUGGAGAACAAAGACUUGUCUGCACUUUUCUGCCAUGAUGGCAUUUUGGUUGUUGAAAUGAAGAACUCAGUGGAAAAGAAUUAG